AACCCACAAGAAUUCAUUCCCUCACAAACACAACACUCUCUCUCUUAUUUCGAAACACAAAUUACUACAAUGGCGCCAAAGGCAGAGAAGAAACCAGCAGAGAAGAAGCCUGUAGAGGAGAAGAAAACCGUCGUGGCUGAAAAAACCCCGGCCGAGAAAAAACCCAAGGCCGGGAAGAAGCUUCCUAAGGAAGCCGGCGCCGGCGCCACCGACAAGAAAAAGAAGAGAAGCAAGAAGAAUGUGGAGACAUACAAGAUCUACAUCUUCAAGGUUUUGAAGCAGGUUCAUCCUGAUAUCGGCAUCUCAAGCAAGGCCAUGGGGAUUAUGAACUCGUUCAUCAACGACAUCUUUGAGAAGCUUGCUCAAGAAUCCUCGAAACUUGCGAGGUACAACAAGAAGCCGACGAUCACCUCCAGGGAAAUUCAGACGGCGGUGAGGUUGGUUUUGCCCGGAGAAUUGGCAAAGCAUGCUGUUUCAGAGGGGACGAAAGCUGUCACCAAAUUUACCAGUUCUUAGAUUAAUGUAUAUAAGAAUUGACUAACAAAUUACGCAACUUUGUUGAGUAAGAUCAUGUUUGGUUGUUAGCGUAGAAAUUGUAAUAUCUUUAUUGAAAGUUAAAACAUGGGUUUAAUCAGA